AUGGGAAACUGUGGUAGCAACCCUAAGACCGACGAGGGACCCGAGCCAGUGCCAUUGCCCGCCCCUGUGCCGGUAACUGAGGAGGUUAAGGUUGAGCAUGCAGUGAAAGAGACUCCAAUUGAAGAUAACAAGUCCCUAAUCACCUUGCUUAAGGAGAAUGUGGAGGAGUCAAAGAAGAAAGAAGGAGUGAAGGCUGAGGCUAAGGAAGUGAAGGCUGAACCUAAGAUAGAAAAACCUAAGAAUGAAGUGUUAAAGGUUCAAGAAGAGGAGCCACAAACAGAAGAGAAAAAGAUGGAGGCCUUUUUUGCAAAGAGAGAGGGCUAG